GUCCCCGGCGCUCCGCACCACCGCCGUGCUCACUGCCAGAGCCACCAGCCGGUCGCUUGUCCGCCGCAGUGGCUCACCCCUCACUCCCGCAGCAGCCUCGCACGCCGACCCCCGCCCCCCAGGCAUGGAAAAGAUACCUGUUCUGGGCCUGGGCACCUGGAAGGCAGCUCCAGGGGACGUGACGCAGGCAGUGAAAGUGGCCAUAGAUGUGGGAUAUCGACACUUUGACUGUGCAUACCUGUACCACAACGAGAGUGAGGUUGGAGCCGGGAUCCAGUGCAAAAUCAAGGAGGGUGUGCUACAGCGGGAGGACCUGUUUAUCGUCAGUAAGCUCUGGUCCACCUGCCAUAAGAAGUCCCUGGUGAGGGAAGCCUGCUCCCAGACUCUGAAGGCUUUGAAGUUGGAGUACUUAGACCUCUACCUCAUACACUGGCCCAUGGGUUUCAAGCCUGGAGGAAAAGACUUGCCCUUGGAUAGCAGUGGCAUGGUGAUCCCGAGUGACACCGAUUUCCUAGACACGUGGGAGGCCAUGGAGGCCCUGGUGAUGGCAGGGCUGGUGAAAGCCAUCGGAGUGUCCAACUUCAACCGUGAGCAGCUGGAGAGACUUUUAAAUAAACCCAAUUUGAGGUUCAAGCCAUUGACAAACCAGAUUGAGUGCCACCCAUAUCUUGCUCAGAAGAAUCUGAUCAGCUUCUGCCAUUCCAGAGAUGUGUCUGUGACUGCUUACCAGCCCCUCGGGGGUUCCAGUGAGGGGGUGGACCUGAUGGACAACCCUGUGAUCCAGGCCAUGGCACAGAAGCACCAGAAGUCUCCAGCACAGACAUUGGUGGGUUUGGGACCACGUGCGAGCAACGCGCUGCAAGAAACAGGCCCAGCCCGUGUGGCUGUGACACAGCAGAGGGACAGGUGAAGCACAGGCCGCACCAGGGGGACCCAAGCUGAGCCCGGCAGCCAUCCGCCUGGGGGCUGCAGAGAGGAUGAAAUGAGGCAAGGGGACCUGCUGAGGGACCAGGGUUCCAGCCAGGCCACCGCCAUCCAGGCGCCUGCUCUUCGCCUGGCACCUUCAUUAACACUGUCCCUGGGGCUGCCCGCCCUGAUGCGAGGCAGCCAGCCAAACUGAUUCUGGCUCCCCUCCACUCAAGCUGCCGGGGCCCAGCUGCCCUUCAGGCAGAGCUACUGACCUGGUGUCCCUGGUUUCUGCUGGGCUUUGUGUGGGGGGUCCCCUGUGGAUGAGGCUGGGCCAGGCCUGUCCCCUCCUGGACAGAGAUGAACUCACACGCUGCACCUUCUUGCCCAGUUCUCAGCGGGGCAUUGGAGUCGGCUCUUCUGUGUGCAAGGCUGUGGUUGCAGGAGCAGGUCACAGUCCCUAGGCCUGCUGGGGGCUGAGUAAUGGGGGGCAGCUUAGAGUAGGUUCUAGCAGGAGCAGAAAGUAAGCCCUGAGAAAUCCCACUGUGUUACAGCUGUGGUUAGAGUUAAUGGUCCUGAGCCCCAGCCUCUCCCUGCCUGCUGCCGGGGCGUGUAACAAAUGCUUGUGGGUUUUUUUUAAAUUGGGGUCUCGUUUUGUUUUGAGCAGUGGGAAAAAUUCUUUGCUGCACCUCUUGACUAUUCUGGUAUGCUCCUCACUGCUAUAGGACGAACGCAGCACAUGUGUCCUCUUUCCGAGGGUCCGUACUGUACCCAACGCCAGUGCUUUCUGGGACCUGGGCCAAGGGUCCAGGAAUGUGCCAGGGGUCACAUGACGUGCUGCUGCCACGCAUUUGUGUCCCUCACACAUCCGGCACGAAGCUCUGCUGGCAGCACGUGCUCAGGUAAGUGUUCACGGAACUGGUUUCCCAUGAAUGUUCUAUUUUGGUUCCAGGUGUUUGAUUUUGAAUUAACAGAACAGGACAUGAAUGACCUCCUUGGCCUGGACAGGAACCUCCGGCUGACCACAUUCCC